AUGAAAUAUUUUAAUGUAUAUAUUUAUGUAAUAUUUUUGUUAAUUAUUAUAAAAAACGAAGUAGUAAAAGGUCAAAGAUUAAAUAGACGCAAUGAGUCAAAAAAAGAACCAAAAGUACCUGAUGAGGUUGACUAUAUAACAAUGAAUAGUUUUAUUUCACCUGAAGAAAAUAGAAAAUUAGCUUAUGGCAAGGUUCAAAAUACAAAUGAAAAAUUUAAAAAAAUAGAAAAAGCUAAACAUAAACUUAGAGAUCAGUUAUAUGUGUUCUUGGCUGGAUUAGGUAUGCUUUUAUUAAAACAAACUGUUAUGUUAUGUUUUAAAAUUGUAAAUCGUCAAAUGAAAUUAGCAAAAAGAAAGAAAAAAUCAUAA